UGUUUCGUAGUUUUCUAUAGUAAUUAGUUAUCUCCAUUUUCUAUCCAGCUUAUGAGACUGAUAGACAAACAUACUCUUAACAAAAGAAAAAGGCCAAGAAUGUUGUCCUUAAGUUUUAACAGCUUUAUGCUUGUUGUGGUUUUCAUUUUGCUAUCCGUCAAAGAUACUGUUGCUCAUACUACUCAUGACCAAGUUGAACAAAAAUUUGGGGUCAAUGAAGCUGGAAAUCGCAUUGCCAAGUCAGGAGAGAAGGAAUUAGUUUCUUAUGGUCAUGUCCCAGCAUCUAUUGAAGUAAUUGCAGCCAGUGGCAGAAUUGGAGGAAGAAAAAGAUUGGAAAGCAUCAUGACUAAGGAAGAUUCCAAGAAUUCAGUUGCAAGUGCAACAUUUUCUGUUGGAAAUUUUAACCAUAAAGGGAAGGGGAAGUUAAGAAUGCAAAGUAAAUUGAGUACUACUGGCAGAAGUGUGCAGGUCAAUAGAGGUAGUUUAUUGGCUUUCAGUGCUGAUUAUCACAUGCCAAAAACACACCCUCCACAGAAUAACUGAGCUUUUACACAAGUUUUGAAUUAUUUGGCCUUUCAUCAUAAUAUAUAUUGUUGUGGCUGGUGAGAGAGGGAAAACUGUUUUUCCCAUUCUCUUAGUUUCUAUUUGAUUUACUUUAGUUAGAUGCUCUUGUGAAAAGGGAUUAUAUACUUGUAUGUAUCCAAUCGAAAAUCUAGCAAAGGUCUAUAGAAUUUUCAUAUUUUCAUA